CAGACACUGCUGAGCGAGUUGUACACAGUCCGCCAUUGUCUUGACAUUGGAGCAGCUGUAGCGACAAGAAUGUCUCGUAAGCGUAUUUCCUAUUGCAACAGGAAGUUUGGGCAAGACUUAUCAAAGAGUUCAUCAAGAGAUGAGUCACUGCUGGUGUAUUGAUGUGACAGAAUGAAUGCAAAUGAAUGCGAUAGAAGUUUACCAGGAACUCUUUAUCGGAAGAGGGAGGAUCAGCUCAAGCAUUAAACAGUUUAAAUGAUCCGUCCGUUACUCUGAGGAACCAGCGGUCGGAUGAGUCGCAUCAGCACCAAUUGAACAACCAUGCAGAGAAACCUUUACUACGGUACGAGUAACAGCUCAAGUGACAACUGCACCAACGUGGACGAUGUCGUGAAGCGCUACUACCUGCCCGCCAUGUACGGCUUGAUCUUCAUCGUGGGCAUCGUGGGUAACGUCAUCGCUCUGCUGGUCUACUUGAUCAAAGUUCGUCCCUGGAAGAGCAGCACCAUCAUCAUGGUGAACCUCGUCAUCACUGACCUUCUCUUCAUGGUCAGCUUGCCCUUCUUGACCCACUAUUACGUCCUCAACGACUCGUGGACGUUGGGGAUCGUCAUGUGCCGCUUUGCACGCUUCAUGUUCCACUUCAACCUCUACGGCAGCAUCCUCUUCCUCACCUGUCUGGCCAUCUUCCGGUAUGUGGCGAUCGUGCAUCCGAUGCACAUGCACAGCAUCAAGCAGAAGCGAUGGGGCGUGUUGGCUUGCGGCCUGGUUUGGGCUGUGGCGGUGAUCGAGUUAAGUCCCAUUUUUAACCUGUUUGACAUUGAUGAAUACAACAACAAGACAUCCUGCUUGGACUUUGCGAGCAACAAGUCAGAAUUCAUGUGGCCUUACAGUUUGGCAUUGACUGUACUGGGAUAUUUACUUCCUCUGUUCGUGGUCUGUCUUUCCUAUUGGCGCAUCAUUGUGGUACUAAAGAAGGGUCCUCAUAUGGGAAGCACGACACGGGUUCGAGCAAGGCGACUCAUCGUGCUGAUAUUGACGUGCUUUGUGGUUUGCUUUCUUCCCUAUCAUGUGCUACGCGCUCUGAGAAUCUACACGAGAAUCACUCCGGAAACCGACUGCAUGCUGAACCGCUGCAUUCACACCGCUUACAUUAUUUCGAGGCCGAUCGCUGUACUCAACAUCAUUUUUAACUUACCUCUCUACACGUUGUCGGGGGAUUGCUUUAAGCAGGCAUUCGUGGAGCUGUUCAAAUGUGAUUGGCUCAUGUCGAGGACUAAGGGGAUCACUGAAGUGACUGUGAUCAACAAACCCACGACCAUUGUUGGGCAGUAGCGUCACUACUAGCUUAACUACAUUAUUCAGUAGCGUGGUGGUAGCAUCGCUGUUUUCUAAAUCAAAUAGCUUUUCAGUAGCGAAGCUCUUUUUCUGAUCAGUCAGCAUGGUUGCGUGAACAAAAGCUACAUUUUCCAAAGCAUUUCUGAAGCUCAAGCUCAAAUUGGAAAUAUAACUGCUAAGGAUCACUGAUCCUGGAUCAGUAAAGUGAUGCCAGCACCACUAAACCUCGCAACUCCAUUGGCUCUUCAAACCAGCGGCGUGCAUUUCUGCUUGUUUGUUAGAGAUCAUAUUAUGCUUUCAACUUUGUUUUGAAAAUUAGUUUUUUUUCCUCUUUAGACAUGUCAUUCCUUAAGGAGUAUUAUUUGGUUAAUUUGUUACUCUUUUUAGUUUAGUAUACAUAAAUGUAAGUAUGUUGAUUAUAAAAGUAUCAUGCUAAUAACAUGUAAAACAACAUUGCAUGUAGUCUUCACUAUAUUAAAUUAAAUAAAUAGAUUAAUCAGUCAUUAUUAAUUGUGAAGUUACUAUUCAGUCAUGAGCAAUGAGUGAUUUCCUUGUCUUCAAGGAUAUUCAGACAGCAGGAAUGCAAUUUUUUGUCCGUUCAAGAACAAGAUUUGAAAGAGACCACGUGCUUGCUUCGGAUGAGUGCACAAAUCUUCUCACAGAGCUCGUGCAUGUCCUCUUUCGCGCCUUGCACUCUGUUUAAAGUACACAUGAAAUCAAAAUAAACCCUAUUUACUUUGUUAGUGCAUAUUACUAGUGUUGUGGUAAACAAUUAAUCUGUGCAAGUUAAAACACAGAAAAAAAAUGUUUGUCGCGGUAAUCUUUAAUCAAAAUCUGAAAAUGUACUUCCGGUCUGGAAUGGCGUUCCUUCUCUGAUGACGUCAGUUUGACGGCUUGGGAUGAAAAUGUGUAAACCACUCCUCUGCAACCGUUCGUCUGCUAUGAGCGAAAUAUGGAGAGGAGGAGCUCUAAAGUAAAACUCUGCCCUCUAUUAAAUAUUCCGUUUCACUUGGAAAUACGUCACAACACUGGAGAAAAGUCGGUUCCCACGGACUUUAAAUUGGCAAGGCUAAAUGAAUUUAGUUUAAACGCAGAUAGCAACGUGUGCUGUUCAGGUAUCACCUACGCUCAUGCGCUAUCAACACCCGGGUGAUGACGGCGUAAAUGACAGGUCAUAAAGAGCAUAUGGCACUUGCAUUAAACAAGGUUCAGGGGAAGCCAGAAUGUGUAUCCAUCGACAGAAACAUACAUUAGCCUAACUCUGUUGGUCUGUUUUAUUUAUUUUCUGCAAACCAUAUUAUAGAUGUGCAUCCCCUUUUUUUUUUUUUUUUACCGUGAAACGUUUCACCCCUAGUAUUUAUUUGUUUUUUCAGUUUUGGCAGACUUGGGAUUCCAUACAUUCCAUGACAAACAACCCUUGUUGCCCUUCAGCAUGUCAAUAGUAUAUGGCGCCACAAUGGUCAAAAUGGCUCUGAUGUAAACAAAUUUUGUGGAAGCUGUAUGUCUGUUUUUUUUUCACUGUAUGUUUGCUUUCCUUUAUAAUCCUUGUCUUUAUGAUGAUGGCAUGAAGUAAUUUCUUGGUCAAACAAGAUUAACAGCAGUAAAAAGUAGUGAAUAACA